GUUGGCGGCAGCGGUGUCGUGAGCUCGGCGCAGGUUCUUGACGCCGUGAACGAUAUCCUCGGGAAGGCGGAGCUGUCGCUGUCCACCGAGCAGGGGGCGCGGCUGAAAGAGAGCCUCAGGCACAAAGACGAGGCACGGGUGGCACGGGUGGCCUUGGCUAAAACGUCCGCGGAGGCGGACCGGCUCAAGCGGAAGCUGGCGAAGGUGGACAAGGCGUUUGUGUGCUCCAUCUGCUGCACCAAUGACGUCGACAUCGUCUUGGCCCCCUGUGGACAUAUGAUGUGUUCUUCCUGCAUGCGUUUGAUUGUGAGGCGCGAGUGCCCAUUCUGCCGCGAGAGGUGGACGGCGACGGCGACAUUCCGCAGGCCGGGAGUGGACGACGUGUCUGAUGACGAGGACGAUCAAGACGGGGGCCGAUAACAUGGCUACCAUUUCGACUCCGCGCCACCGUUGCUGGGGAGAGGAGAUGAUGCCUUGGCUGUAGUGGGGUCGGGGGAAAAACAUCUAGGUGCUGAUCGAUCGCCCAGCUGUCGUACGACACAUUGCGAAAUCCGUGUGCGAGAAGGAGCAGAGGGAAUCGAUUUCACGCAUCCGAGUAUAUUCUAAGUAAACGGCCAGAAAACAAGAAGAGAAUAAGAAACAAAGGACGCUUAGUCCAAACCGAGCGGUUGAACAACAUUUGUGAGUAAUAUUAAAAACAGCAAAAGAGGACGAAGCAGAGACGAAGGAGCAGCAUGGCAUGACGCCGUUAUGGCACAACGUCGGCCUCUGCUCAUGGCUGCAGGCACAGGCAACCUCACGUCUCUUAUCGUGAGGUAAAGUGGGUGGAACAGCAGUGUUGGUUGUUUGCUGUUUGUUGUCGUUGUAAUCAGUAGGGACUGACUGAGUACGAUAUGUGACGAUCGCGCAUGGUCAUGGCGACAGCAGUUGCAGCACAAAGCUGGACGGAAAGAAUCGCUGGGGGCGACGCGGAGAAAAUUCUGGUUGGCGCAAGGGAUGGAUGGGUGGGUAGGUUGGCCUGGGCGGUGAGACGAUACACUAUUUUGGUCUGGUCACAACGGUGUGGCGACGAUGGGCGCGUGUGUAGCGCUUGAAGUGUCAUUGACCCCGGCACACACAGCAGCGACCCCGACAAGCUUCGGCAAUCAUUUGUUGUUGCUUGGUCUUGUUGCGGAGGAGAAAUUUGUUUUGCUGUAUUGGAGCGAGGAGGUGGUUCCUCUUUCUUCUAGGAAUCACUUUUCGCUUCUUUUGCACUGUUGCGGAACAGCUGUCGCACUCUAAAGUGCAGGGGUGAUAAGAGACUUGCAUCUUAGCAUUUUAUUUGUUUUGUCAGUCUGAGAGGGGGAGACAGUUUUGAACACCGCAGAAACAGCAGCUACACCUUGGAAAGGUCGUCGACCACGCCACACGUCUUGGCUUUGCUCGAUGUCUGCGGUAGAAGUAUGUGUGUAGUCUAUGCGCACGAUACUGUAGUGCGCGCAGAGAGCAAGGUGUGCGAGGCGUGCGUGGGCUUCGUGAUGUCGAGUGCCGCUCCGGGGUGAAAAAAUGGCGUGAUGUGGCGUGUUCGUGGUGUUUGCAAAAGAGCAAGUGCGGUUUCGUUGACGGCCUAGCCUGGGGGGGGGAUCCGUGUCGGAGAAGGCGGACCGGCAGCAGGAAUGGUGUCGGGAUGAUGGGUGUCGGGAGGAUGAAAAACGCACCUGUGUUUGAUGUCAUGACUGCUGUGGAAAGUUAUGAUCGUCUGCGAUACCAACCACAACGAGCGCAACGAAAAUUAAGCGUGCUACGCGCGUGUUGAAAUAGAGUCUUUCCUAUUGACCCCUUCGUUUUGUUGGCUUUUCGGUGUUGUCAUCAAAGCUCAGCUCAAAACACACCUCUCAGG